CCCGCAGUGCCCGUGCGGCAGCGCCGUAAAGCGCCGGGUCAUGGCGGCUGCCCGGGUGCUGAGGGCUGGUGGCUGCUGCCGCUGCCGCCGCCGCCGCCCCCUCCUCGUCGCCUCCGCCUCCUCCUCCGCCUCCUCCUCCGCCUCCUCCGGCGGCGGCCGCGCGGCUGAGCGUGGGGAGCGGCCGGACAGCGCGGGCCUGGGUUUCCGUCCCCCCGCGCACUCGCACAGUGACUGGAUCGGGCCCCCGGACAAGCACUCCAACCUGCGCCCCGUCAUCUUCUACGUGCCCCCCGAGGAGUCGGCGCUGGAGCGGCGCCUGCGGGAGGCGCGGCAGGAGGCGCAGGACAGCAACCAGCGCUUCUGGGCACGGCACAACCGCGCCUUCCGCCAGGAAAAAGAAGAAUUUAUUUAUUCAAGACUGAAAGCCAAAGGUCUGGAAAUGAGAGAUGAAUCAGGUCAAAAAGCAACAAUGAGUGCAGAAGAAAUGGCUGACUUUUACAAGGACUUUCUAAGUAAAAAUUUUAAAAAGCAUUUGCAGUAUAACAGAGAUUGGUAUAAACGUAACUUUACGAUCACAUUCCUCAUGGGACAAGUAGCACUGGUGAGAGCUCUGAGGUGGCUUCGUCGGAGAAAGAAAAAUGUAGAACAGUAAUCACAGCUCCAUGAAGAAUGCAACACUAUAUGCUAUAAACCUGUGGUUUAUAGUCAUGUUCGAAAUCUGAAUGGCUGAUGCAAUAAYUACUUGAAUUUGUUUUUUGAACUAUGUAAAUACAAGUCAACACUGAUCUUAAUUURUAAUCAGGAUGUAGCUUUCCUUUUCUGUUUAUUCCAAGAAUAUCYAAAAUAUUUCUUCACUGAAACACAACCAAGAAGACUUGUUCGUGUCAAACAGAAUGGGUGAUGACUGUCCUGUUUUUACUAUAGAGUUAUGGCUGCUAAAUAUCAUGUGAUUCAAUGUGCUGUAUCUGAACUCUGAUCUCAGAAUGAUGUCUGCACCAACYAUAUUAUAUAAAGACAAAAAUGCCUCAUUUUGCAGCAUUUGCCUGUCUGGGGCAGUAGCUAUCCAUAAAUAAUACAAAAUGGGUGAAGGAACAAGUUUGGAUUGUGAGUAUAUGUACAUUCAGUUUGGAAUAAUCCUCUCUUCAGUGUGAUUAUUUGCUAUUUUUAAUAAAGAUUUAAGAUACAAUUUCAUAUAAAGUACUAGUGCAAUAGGAUCUUCUUAGUUUUAUAUGUUUUUUAAUUAAGAGAAAUGUGCCUCCCUUGGACAGGAGCUCCUCUGAACUAUUAUUGGUAAAUGCUUUAAUUGCUGAGUGAUAAAACAAAUGUGCUGCCUGUCACUUAGUCUUGGUACAAGAGGAAACUGGUAACUGCUGUAUGGAGAGCAACAAUUCUACAAAUUCUGCAUUCUCCUGGUUCAUUUCUUCCGAAAAAAAUGUGCUGUUCUCUCCAGUUUCUCCAAGGCACUGAAAAUCACUUGCCUGAGAGAUUUUUGUGACCUCCAGGUAGGUAGCACCAAUUGGAAGAAGAUUGGUCCAAGUGAAGUCCUAAAAUGUUAUGCCRUGUAUUUGUAAGUUUAAAGAGGACUCAUUCCUCAGAAUGUUCUCUCUGUCCAUUUAUACAGUUAAAUGAUUUUUUUUUUAUCCAAUACCCACUAAGGGGAUUCUGUUAAAAAGGAUGUAUGCUGUCAGAUGAAGUGUUUUCCUGAAGCUGUGCUGUAGGGAAGGUUCUGCUUUUGGAAACAUCAUCUCAGUGGCCAUUGACCUAUUUUCCAUAUCUAAACAUGACAUGAUUUAUUCACAGACUUUUUCAACUGGAGCAAAAAGAGCUUUGUCCACAUCAGCUAUAAUAAUUUCUCUGCAAGGUGAAAUAAAUGUUACUGUACAGUAGCAGAUCACAGUGUUUCAUACAACGGUGAUGUUAUUGGGGCUGAAGUGGCCACUGAAUUGUGAUUUUAAGUGUUGUGUUAUUAAAAAAUGAAAACAGUCAUAAAUGGUGUUUGCUAAGAUAAUAGCCAACACUUUGAAAAUAUUUGUGAACACUGUAUCAGUAUUGUAAAGGGUAUGUAUUUAUUAAAAAUUUACAAAAUGCCAUGUUUAGGAAAAUAUKUUUUUUAAAUAUUGUGGGUAUGUAAGGUAAUUCUUCAGGGCUUUACUAUAAAUCAUAUCUUACAAUAUGUAAGCUGUGAUCACAAUGUGAAUGCACACUUUAAUAGAUAGCUCUGAUGUAAAACAAUAAUUGGAUAAYACAAGAAAAUAUCCCAGAAAGGGAGACCAGAGCCCCAGUGGGCUGGUGGUUAAUGGCUGUGUGUUCUGACAGUCUGUGUGUAACAUCCCUAAGGUAGUUUCACAUAUGCUUUAAAUGGAUAGAGGUCAAUCAAAAGCAUUUUCAUUUUCUGAGUAACUCCCUUCCAUUAACACAGACAUUUUCAUGUCUGCCUGCUGAACCAGAUCAGGAAAUUGAUUCCCURGUAGAACUAAUCCAAGGAAAAUACUGUUCGAUGUCAGAUGAGUUAAUGUGCCUCAUCAUGCAGAUAUGUGUUGUUUGGCAUGGGGGAGCUGUGGGAAUUCAAAUGGAAGGUUUGCAUAGUACUUCAGUAAAUUCACAGUUAAAACUGUUUUCUGAACAUGUAAUUCUAGUGUUGGUCACCUAAAAACAGUAUCAGCAUACAAUGGAUCAUGAUAGGAUUAAGCUGCGAGCUGCUUUGUCUUUUAUGYACCUCCAGGGACAGUGACUCAACCUGAGCAGCCUGUUCUGCUGCCUGACAGCCCUUCUGGUGAAGAAAUUUUUCCUAAUAUCUCAUCUAAACUUCCCCUGGCRCAACUUGCAGCCAUUUCCUSUCAUCCYGUUGCUUGUUGCUUGGGAGGAGAGACCGACUGUCACCUCUCCACAGCCUCCUUUUGGGUGCUCUAGAGAGCAGUAACACUCCAGCACCUCAAUGUCCUUCCUGAUUUGAGGGGUCCAGAAACGGACGGAGCAGCCAAGGUGUGACCUCAGCAGUGCUGAGUACAGGGGGAUGGUCAGUGCCCUGCUCCUGCUGGCCACGCUAUUACUGAUCCAGGCCAGGAUGCCAUUGGCCUUGGCCACCUGGGCACACUGUUGCCCCGUGAUCAGAUGUUGACAGGACCUCUGCUUGUCCUCGUUGACCCUCACACCAUGGACCUUGGCCCAUUAAUCCAGCCUGUUCAGAUCCUCUGCAGAGCCCUCCUGCUCUCCAGCAGAUGAUGCUACUGCCCAGCAUGGUGUCAUCUGCAGACUGAGGGUGCCCUCAGUCCCUUCAUCCUGAUCAUUGGUAUCAAACAGACCGGGCCCCAACACUGCUCCCUGGGGAGCACCACGUGUGACUGGAUGCUAACUGGAUGCAGCACUGCUCACCAGCACUCUGGGCUCAGCMAUCCAGUUUUUAACAGCAAACAAUGCACCCAACSAAGCCAU